AUGACAACUACGGCUCUGAAGAUGGCAAAUCCGAUGAAGAAGGAGCUCAAGAAGACGUUUCAGGCCUACUUGCCUGAGGGAGCUCGGACUUAUAACUGUGCUCAUUGUAGAGCCAACCUCGCCGAUCACAAUGAACUCAUCUCCAAGGUAAGUUCCGUCUCUUAUUCAAAGGUUUUGUCGGAUUGGUUUGUAAUUCGACUUGUUUUAGUCAUUCCAAGGAAGUCAAGGAAAGGCUUAUCUCUUCAAUUCAGUGUAAGUGCCCUUUGAGUUGUUGUUCUUUCCGAGGGUUGUUAUCCGGAGAAGAACUCUUUACUUUUCAUUUAAAAUAGCGUUUUUUACAACGUGAAGCAAGCUCCGGACACUAAUCUUUUGAAAUUUUGCAUAGUUGUUGCACAGGAUGGGCCACUCAAAACUAUUAUUGGGACUUUUGGUAUAUACUCCGCCGAUCUAAUUUGGACCGACUCGAAAACGGUGAUAGUUAUGAACCCCACGUCUUCAACAAAUUUGAUCAUCGGUUGAUUCUAUGCUCUACUGUAGCAAAAUAUCUCAUCUGUCCUGAGGCACAAGAAAAAUUUUUGGAGUUUUUAAUUUCGGCUGUCGGAAAAGUUUGAGCGCGGGCAAAAAAAUUUGCUUUUUUUAUCACAAGUGGGAUAAAGUCUGAUAAUUUGAGAAGCAAAUUGUGAUUCUCUGCUGAUUCUAAUGAUGACUAUUCUACGAUUCACGCGGCGCUUAAGGCCCUGAGUUGGCUUUUGAAAAAAAAUCCCAAAAUUCUUGGAUUUUGUCGUCACAGUGCUUGCGUAAUCGGCUUAAAUUUGAUUCCGCUUGACCACUGUUCGUCAUAUAUUGCCCAAAUAGCCUUUCAUUGCUUAUCAAAAAUCUAAACUACCAUAAAAGCGGGGUCGGGACUUUUCGGUCCCCCCACUUUCGGUCCCCGCCUUUUCGGUCCCGCCGUUUGGGGUGGGAGACUUUUCGGUCCCCGUCCUUUCGGCUGGCGCCUUUUCGGUCCCUGGGCUUUUCGGGUGGGGACUUUUCGGGUGAUUAGUAAAAUACUGUAAUAUAAGAUACUACUGAUGACGUAAUAUUGUAAAUAAUUAAAAAAAAACUUUUUAUUCCGUUUUUGGGGUGUUCGGCUAAAAAACAGAUUCUUUUAGAUAAUCGACCGAGAAGAAUCCGAAAAUGAAGUUUAUUUUUGCCAGAAAGUAUUUGAAAAAUUAAUUAUUAAUUAUUAUUAAUUAACGAAUUACAAAAGAAAAAACGGAAAAUAACAGUAAUAACACAAUUCGAAAAUGAUAAGAUUACUAGCGAAUGUUCUGAACGAUUCCACCAAGGAAAAUUAAUGAAUUUUCCGAUUUAAUGUAGGAUGUUAUGCUAAUUUCAUAUAGAAAUUCGAGUUCUUCAUGGGCGAUUUGAUAAUGUUAUACUUUUAUCACUUCUUCUAUCUAAUGUUAUUUUGAAGUUUUGUAUUGAAAUGUCGCAGGGUGGGUGAUUCUAACUUGAAACCCCCAAAAACGGAUUAAAACGUAUUUUAAAAUUAUUUACAAUAUUGCGUAAUCAGUAGUAUCGUAUUUUACAAUUUUUUACUCAUCACCCGAAAAGUCCCCACCCGAAAAGCCCAGGGACCGAAAAGGCGCCAGCCGAAAGGACGGGGACCGAAAAGUCUCCCACCCCAAAAGUCGGGCCCGAAAAGGCGGGGACCGAAAGUGGGGGGACCGAAAAGUCAGUCUCCCCAUAAAAGCAAGUCCAUACAUGGGAAGAAUUAGCAAUCAACAGAUUUUCAAAAAAAACGUCUUUAGAUUGUCAAACAGCGGGGCUGGAUGCUCACUUAUGAGCAAGCCAGCGACCUAGGUCGUGACCGAUGUCACGACCAAAAGAUUCUCCAAAAUGGCCAAACAAUUUAGAUGACUAUGGUGCCAGAGUCAUUUUGAGCUCAUGAGCUAGUUCAGGAAUAUCCGUGCCUUUGACUGCCACGCCUUACGUAUUAAUAGCAACUUAUCCUCCGUUGUGAACAUGGAGUAACCCCCCUGGGCUAGCUAGUCAGCCGAUUUUGCAACACUGUGUAUAAAUAUUGGCCCGAUACCCGAUCUGCCCGAAAUGAAAGGUUGCGGAUCGUUAGGAUUUUGCCAAUGAACAGAAAAGUUCAAUUUGUGCGGUGACCGAUGAUGUUCGCUGCAAAAACAAAUUAAUGGCCAAAACAACGGUCUAAGGGUAUUUGAAGUGCAUUUCGGAGGGUUCCUUUGAUUAAAGUAUAUUAAAGAUUAGAUAGAACUCUUAAAAUUGAUGAAUUUAUUUGAAUUUUCCAAUCUUAUAUUUACAGUGUUAAUAUCAGCUGUGGUCCGGCUGAGGAGCGAAUUUUGUUGACUGGGCUCCAUGAAGUUGCCGAUAUUUAUUGCGAAUGUUGUAAAACUACUUUGGGAUGGAAAUAUGUAAGUUACAAAAAUAAUUAGCAUAAAGUCGUGUAGGAACAUGCUUAUGACGCUAGUCAGAAGUACAAGGAGGGUAAAUUCAUCAUCGAAUUGAUACACAUGAUUAAAGAUAAUGGGUGGGAUUCCACUGAACGACGACGGAACAACAGCAUCCAUUGA